AGUUCAAAUUUAAUUUUCUUUUGUUUUGUGUCUCAUUUAUCAAUUCAAUCGUUAAUUUGUUUUAAUUUGGUUAAGAAUUUAUGAUUUGCUUGUUGGUUUAUAAUGUCAUCUGGUUGUGAUGGAGGUUUUAGUUAUCCCUGUAAACGUAAUUCUGAUGGAUUACCUGUAAAUAAUAAUGGAAUUUGUGAUAAACAAGUACAAACAGAUGAUGACAGUUUGGAAAAUUCUUGGGAAAAGCUGAAAGAAGAUUAUCUAGAUGAAUCUGCAUGUUCCAUUUGUCUAGAAAGUUUUGUAACUUCUGGUGACCAUCAAGUUGCAGCUUUGAAAUGUGGUCAUAUUUUUGGUGAAAUUUGUAUUAGACGCUGGCUGAGUGAAGCUAAAGGAGAUGGUGGACCAAAGUGUCCAACUUGUAAAUCUAAAGUGAAAGCAACUGAUAUAAAAAUAAUUGUGCCAAAAUCUAUAAAGAAAUUAGAUUCAGCAGUGGUAGUUCAAUUUAAGGAAUUGGCUGCAACUACAAGAAACGAACGAACUAAAGUUCAAGCUGAAGUAGUCAAUAUAAACCAAAAAAUACAAGAAAUGAGAGAGACCUUUAUGAAUGAGCAGAAACUUUUUGAUGCUGCAUCAGAGGAAGUGAAACGGCUUGAGGCAAUAGAAAUGGAACUACAACUGGCCGCUGCUAAUGCCAGAUUCUCAGCAAACACUAAAGCUUAUCACCAAAAAGCAUCUUUUCAACCCUUGGUGGUGAAUAAACGUUUAGAUCUAGAAGUUGGCAGUGAAUCUCGUUUAUGUGCCGUCUCUGAUAUGUACGGUAUAAUUAUGAUAGCCCAGAAAAAAGGCUCUGGUCAUUGUCAAUCCUUUGGAUUAACCAACAUUGGUACAUCAACUUUCCGUACUACAGAAUAUAUUGGACUUCAUGAGAAACAAAUCAAAGAUAUCGCCUUUCACCCGUUCGAUGCCGUUGUACUUUCGGCAUCGUUGGACAAAACAGUCAAGAUAACCGACAUCUUCUCAUCCACAGCGGUGGCGACUUUUACCUGUGCAUCUCCAGUUUGGUCUUGUUGUUGGAACGAAGUAGACACUCGAACCUUUUAUGCUGGUUUAUCAAAUGGAACUGUCCACGAGUUCGACACAAGAAACAACACUGAACCUAAAUCUAUCAUUUCUGCCCCACCAGGUACAACAGGGACACCCUGCGUUUCUGUUAACUUUGUCCGAUCUGAACAAUAUACCGGAAUAAUUACAACCAGGCUACAAAACACUUCUUUUUCUUAUCGAGGAUCGCACGGAUUUGUUACUCAACCAUUACCCGUUUCUGGUAGUUUUAUGUCUUCUCAUUUUGAGCGUAAAACAGCAAAACUAUUAUACAGCGCUCGUCCAUCGAAGCACAAUUCUCGUGUAACACAUUCUCUUUGGUCAUUGUCAUUAAAUUCAAAUGGAGAGGAACCUCUAAUCAAAUGUGCACCCGAUAGAUGUUUUUAUGGGGGAAUUCAUGCCGACCAAGUGGUGAAAGGCCGCUUAUUUCCUCACCCUAAUAGGGAAGAUUCUUGUCUAGUCUUUGCUGGUGAUCAGGAUAUUGGAGGUUUAAUUGUUUGGGACACUCUCAAUACCGAACCUGUUCAAAAACUUGGUGGAAUUGGCCCUACUUUUGAUAUCGCUCAAGUUGAUCAAUGUAAUUCAACUAAUUCAUCGUUCGUUGCAUUAACGGAUAAAAGUUUAUAUUAUUAUAAUUGGACCUUGAAUUGAAUUCUACUCUUUCACCUUAAAUCAUAUUUGGUCUCAUUCUUGCAAUUAAUCAACAUGUUUUCUUUCCUCUUCUCAACAACUGCCAAUUGGUCACAAUCAUCAAUUAAUUGAUUGUUUAAUUGGAAAUGGAAAAUUGAAUCAAUAUCAGUUAAUUUUUUGGUUCAUCUUCUAAUUUCCACACAACUAAAAGAGAGUGAUUUCAACUUAUCUACAGUUUUAACACUCAAAGAGUUUAAUUUUUUUAUUAUCACUUGUGUAAUUAAGUCAUGAGAUACUUUUUUGAUAAAAUGAGAUUUUACAAACUUGUGAAAAGGAUUUUGUAAUUGUAAUUGUAAAUGAAAAUGAUGUAAAUAGUUUUUCUAUCCUCUCCUAAUUGAAGAUACAUUAAAAGAUGUAAUAGAAAUUGA